AUGGCGGCCAGUCGAAUAAAUCCGAGUCGGCCUUCCAUCCGCCUCUCCCCCUCCCACUCCCGAAAUAACUCGCGCUCAACCUCAUUUGAAAGAAUCCCUGGCACCAUCUACCAGCAACUCGACCCUCUCCUCAGCAACCUCUCCCCCGAAUCAACCCUCCAAGCCCUCACAUCAACCGACGCAGUCCCUUCCAACGAACAAGCCGCUCAUGAUAUCCUCUCGCGAAGCAUCUCCCAGGUAUCGCCUUCGGAACGCGCCCUAGGGAUACGCGCGGCGGUAGCUGCCCAAAACUUGAACUUAUGGCACAAAGAGGUCCAAUCAUGGGAUUGGCCAAAUCAGCGCGACGCGAAGGUUGGGAUGGGCUUCAUUCCUCCAUCUGAGUCGCACUCGGGGGGAAAUCUCAUCCCUUCGGGGUUUUUGGCUCCCCCUAGCAACACCCAGGCAAGCUACUAUGGGAGCUUGUUAGCCACCGUGGUUGAGGGAUACGAGAGAAGAGCCGAGGAAAUCCGCGAUGGAAUGGAAGAUCUUAACGUGGAAGAAUUAAAGGAACACGUUUUGAAUGCCCACAUUCCAUCCAGGUCUCGGCCCUCGUCCGCCACAAGCUGCGCGUCCGUGCCUCCGCCGCUCAGCUAUGUACAGCUGAGUGACUUUACAGCUGUCAUUACCGCGACCAUCCUGCGAGCUCUUCCAUACCUAUCGCGACUGAGCGCCCUACUUGCCACUUGGGAAGUUCGCAUCUUUGUCUUACGCCAAAUUCCUGGUCUGCUGAGAGAGCUGAGCUUGACUCGCUCCGCCCUUGACUCCUCCCUCCACGCCUUACGAACCCCGCAUUCUCCUGCCUCCGACCCGAGCGAAUCCUCCGAUGCAUCCCUAGCUGCCGACCAUGUUAAACUGGAGUCCGCAGUUGUGGCUGUGGGGAGGCGGAUGGACCGAGUUCUCGACGCGUUGGAGGGUCGUCCGGAUUCUUUGCCCGAACAAUGGAUUGAUGACUUAGAAUCCAUUGAGUCUGACUUUGCUGCAUGGGUGGUGGAGGCUGAUAAAUACAAGGUUCACAACGCGUGGUUGCGGUCAAAAGCCGAGUCUCAAAUGGCUGAGAUGCGCGCAGCUGACCUCCAGCGCGCAGAGUCAUUGAAGGAAACACGGCAGGACCCAACAUCCGAUACAGCUGUAUCGGAACCUUCAGAUGAUCUUCGUUCCCCUCAGCAGGAUGAGGUUGUCGAACAUGAGCCCGAACUUCAGUCUGGCCUUACAUUUUCGUCCGGUGACGCAAGGCCAACUAGCCCACAAUCUGCUGAACAGUCAAUGGUACCUCUUGAAGAGACGCCACUUCCUGCAGACUGUGUGGCAGGUGACGCUUCGCGAAACCUGCAACUCUCGAUAUCGCUAUCAAAAUCUCCAAUCGAAGAGAAGCAAGAAGAUAUCACACCUGUGGUUGUGGCAGAGGACCUAGACACACCAACACAGUCUGACUUUCCACCAGCUCCUGCGAUCAGUCGACAGCCCUUUUUAACUCCUGCACAUACGCCUUGUGCAAUUGAUCGCACCUCAGAAAACAAAGAAAACAUUCCUCCACCCGGCUUCCAACAGCUCGAUGGAGCUAUGUCACCUCCCAGCCAAGCUUUCACAAGACCAAGUCCAUUGUCCGAGCAUAGUGCCCUGGCUGAAGAUUUUCAACAUUCCACUGCACCUGAAAUGGAAGUCCAACUUCCUGAGGUCGUCGUUUCUGCUGAUGUACCCGCCGCGGAAGAGCUCAAUGCCUCCGCUGGUCGCAAAGACUUGCCUAGUGAUACUGUGGCUGAAGAAAAAGAAAAUAACUCCGACGAGGGGGCAAAACAAGCUGCUCCACACCCCAAAUCAAUCGAACUCAAUCCUGAGCCUAAAACCAUCAGACCUCCCGUUGGCCAAGAUCCUAAAUCCCCGAACGGGCCGAGUGAACAGAAUCAGUGUGAUACUCCGGUAGCAGCAACUAUCUCUCCGGUUCUCACACCAAGGUCAGAAAUCCGAGCGCCGAAAUCGAGACCGUCUGGCAGGGUUUCCCAAAUACCCAUGGCUGUGGCAUCACCUAAGUCGGGCUCAAAUCCCGCGCCCACCCAGUCUCACCACCCGCGGAAUGAAGGGAAGCCAGAACCUUGUCAACGGACUGUUCGCAAGCCGCUACAGAGCCCUAUUAAACUUUCCAAAUUCCGCCCAGGGAAGCCUGAUCUCGACAAAGAUGGUAAAGUGGUGCACACAAUUACGCAUCGUCGUCGGACAUCUACUGGAUCUGUGGGUUCCUUGCUUUCAGACCAUUCUUCCCUCAUAUCCAGUCCUGAGGUACCUGAGCCGCGCACUGCUUCCUCUAAUGUGACGCCUCUUGGGCCAUCAUCUCGCCCUGAAUCUACACAUCCUCCUUCGCAUGGGGACUAUACCUUGAGAGAGGAUCAUCUGCGUCGUUUGGAAAACCAAAAGCCUGAUCCGCGAAUAUCUUUCCAGCAAAGUCGCACGGUCAGCCUACCCCUCGAGCGGUUUAUCAACGAACGCUUGGAGUUGGGCCUGGCAACCGAGUCGGCGCCAGGUGUGGCUAGUGUGAAACAGUCUAGGACUAGGACACGCUCUGUUACAUCUGCCGACUUCCCCAAACCCCCAAAGACACGAAGCAAAAUCACAUUCCAGGAUACUUCUGCUGCAUCCAUCCCACCGGUUCCACGUCUCCCUACUCACCGUCAUCAACUGUCACGAGGAAAGUCUGCAUCUGACUUAAACUCUCAAAAUGAGAUGGCAAAAAUUGCGGAACGAAAUAAAAAGACAUUCGGGAUGAAUUCUGCCCGAAGAGCCAUGGAGCACCUUCUUCAGCCCAAGUCUCUCCGCUGGCGGCAGCGACUAACUGCCCAUCCAAGUCUCGAAAGUCUGGGUGUGAAAAGACAAGAACUGUCCUAUGUAGAAGAGCAUGAAUCUGAACUCACCGAUUUCGGAUUCCGCCCUUCCUCGCCAACCAAACACAGCAAGCAACCGCGAGACCAGCUUGAUGAAAAGAUUAACUCGAUUCUCAACUCAUUGCCUGGUCAUAUCCAUUUGGUCGACUCCAACCACGAAGUAGACACAUCGUCAUCCUCGUCAUCCUUGGACCGACGAAUGCGGUACAGAUCCGAAUCCCCCACUGGUCCAACCCGCAGCACCACUCCCGCACCUUCUCUGACCUUGAUGCCCGCUGCCCGGAGACGGCACUCUCAUGCCUACAAAACAGAGGACAGCUGUGUCAAACUCUAUCACCUCCAUCACGGAGGCCAAACGGCACCGACAAAACUGUUCGUUCGCACCGUUGGAGAAGAGGGGCAACGAGUGAUGGUUCGUGUUGGCGGUGGAUGGGCUGACCUUGGCGAAUACCUUCGCGAAUAUGUCAUUCAUCACGGUCGCCGCAAGGUGUCUGAAACCCCUCGUGUGGAGCUACCUCAUAUGUUGCCUCCGGCCGGGCUACCCCCCUCCCGACCACCAUCCGUGCUCAGUGCCCGGCCACCUUCAUCCCUUACCGUCCACAAGAAACGACGAGGCUCAACCGCAUCCGAUGCAAUGGGCACUAGGGCAGUGACAACAGGCCACAUAUCCUCCUUCACCUCACCCCCACCCACUGUCGCCCCUCUCCCUUCCUCGACCAGCAGACGUCUUUCAGUGUCUUCCGGCUAUUCAAUCGGGGACGCCAACUCCCCCAGCACCGUCGCUGCUGCCUCCAUGGCCAAUGAAUCCCGCUCCACACCACUGGGCUUAGCUGGUCCUAAACCACGUGCUCGGUACGAAUCCAUGAGCCCAGAGGGCGAAGCCUGGGUUGCAGAUGUCCUCCAAAAGACCCGCCGCUCCAGCUCCCAGACCUCACCCCAGUUCGCACUGAGCAUGCCGCCAGACCACGAUGCCGAUGACCGAUUUGAGAUUGGCGACGGCAGCGUUGUUGGACACUCCCUACCCAAAGUCCGCAGCAUUGGCGAUAUUGGAUCUAUCGGCACAAGCAGGCGGGUUGUGCUGAAAGGUCUUGGGUCUCGCAGGCCGUGA